CGACAAUCCACGCCACGCAAUCAUUCAUAUCCUAUAGAAGCUAGCCAUUAAAUUCGGAGAUUCGGGUAUAAAUACGCACUUCAUCCCAGAAUUGACUUUGAUCUUUUUGGCUUGCUUGUUUUGGCUGAACCUGCAUGAACACAAUACGCCUGGACAGAGGUCUCCGAAACUAGCCUCACGUCGUACUUAGCCAUCGUAUAAUUUAUCAUAUAUCAUAUUUAUAAGCCCAACGAUAUUUGCAUUUGGAAACAUUCGUUUUUAUAUCAGAAAGAAACAAUAAAACACAAAACAUCAAGAUGAGUGACGCGUCUAAUCAAGAGUUUCACGUCAGCGCUUCGCUUCGUCGCAAGUCGCAAGCGGAAAAACUGGUCGAGAAAGAAGGAUGUUUCGGCCUUAGCCUGACUCCCGUAUUCAUUGGAAUUUCGGCCACAUCAUCCGGGUACAAAGAGUACUUGGUUUCCUUUGCUGUUCGUGAUGCUACUUACCUACUCGAUUUUGCGAUUAAAAAGAUUUCACCACCAGAAGGCUCAAAUGGUCGCGAUUUCAUUGCCGACUACAUUAUCAAGUCAAUCAGGUGGUACGAGCAUACAACUUUCGUUAAAGUCGUAGGCGCUGGCCUUCCCCGUGCGUUGCAGACGACGAGCCCAACACUUUGCUCUCGUCUUUGGCUGGAACUGGACAUUGUUCCUCUUGUUAUUCAGCAGCCUCAUGAACAUACAGAGAGGAUAAGUCUCUGGCUUACCAAACGAGUGGACGAACAAGCUGAUUCAAUGGCACGAAAAUGCAUCAUGAACUUUGGUCCUUCGUUGGCACCUCUUUUACAAGUUGCCUGGCGCGGUAUUGUAGAAGUUGAUGCAUCAUUUCAAGCGCCGCUCAUCUCGGUCGAGGAUUACAAGACCACAUGCAAUUCCGCGACUUGGGAGGCAGUGAUGCAUUAUACAAAAAAUUUACGAAAGCAUAAGACCAAGAUUGCUUUCUUCAGCAGCACUCCUCAAGGUGGCGGCGUUGCAUUGAUGAGACACGCUCUCGUGAGAUUUUCUCGUGCGUUGGGAGUAGAUCUCCGCUGGUACGUUCCAAAACCUCACCCGGGAGUGUUUCGAAUCACCAAAAAUAUCCACAAUACGCUGCAAGGGGUGAGCGAGGAUGGUAAAUACAUCUCUGCGGACGAAAAGAACGCGAUAGUGGACUGGAUUACCGACAACGGCAAACGGUAUUGGUUCUCAAACGAUGGACCAUUGUGCCGACCAGAUAAAGGCGGCGCUGAUAUCAUAAUUAUUGACGAUCCUCAAAUGCCUUGUCUCAUUCCGCAAAUCAAGAAACUUACACCAUCGCGGCCAGUGUUUUACCGAUCACAUAUCCAGAUUCGAACCGACUUGAUCAAAGUCGCUGGCUCUCCUCAAGCAGAUAUCUGGGACUUCCUCUGGCAAAAUAUCAAGCAAGCCGACUUAUUCAUUAGCCACCCGAUUCCUUCUUUUGUGCCCCAUAAUGUGCCGAGGGAGAAGGUGCUGUAUAUGCCUGCAACGACCGAUUGGCUGGAUGGCUUAAAUAAGCCGAUGGAAAUUUGGGAUACUGGAUACUACGGCCAUCUGUACAACGUCAAAUGCCGUUCAGAACGAAUGACAGAGUUGCAAUGGCCAAGAAGGAGAUAUAUCAUCCAAGUAUCCCGCUUCGAUCCCGCCAAGGGACUGCCAACAGUUGUUGUUGCUUACGCUUGCUUCCGAGAGCAGCUCGAAAAGCAUGGUGGCGUCGCCAUCCCCCAGCUCGUCAUAUGCGGCAAUGCGUCCGUUGAUGACCCCGAUGGUAUUGCCAUUUACGAUCAAAUAAUGACGCAGUUAGAAACAAAAUAUCCCCACAUCAUGGGCGACGUGAGCGUCAUGCGCUUAGAUCCAUGUGAUCAGCUAUUGAACUGUCUUAUGGCAAAUGCCCAUGUUGUCCUACAGCUUUCCACAUACGAAGGUUUCGAAGUCAAGGUCUCUGAGGCACUCCAUGCGGGUCGCCCUGUCAUUGCUACAUAUGCUGGCGGGAUACCCCUUCAGAUCAAAGAUAAAAUCGACGGCUUCCUCGUUGAGCCGGGUGAUUGGAAAGCAGUCGCUGGUCAUUUGAUGGAGUUGUUUACAGAUCUCAAACUACACGAUCGAAUGUCACAAGCCGCCAAAACUGGCGUUUCGGACGAAGUUUCGACUGUUGGAAAUGCGUUAUCGUGGUAUUAUCUGGCCAUGAAAUGGGCGCAGAAAGGGCCUAAGCUUGAACUGAUGGGAAAUGAACAAUGGGUUAAUGAUAUGGCUCGAAGCGAAGCUGGUCAGCCAUAUACGGAAGGCGAAAAUCGCUUACCACGCAGCUUCACUCAGUUGUAGUCACGCAGUAUACGCAACAUUGGAAUUGCUACUUUCACUUUAGCGAACCUGCACACUUAGGUAACAGACAUGACGCGAGGUGAUUGAGUAUGCUUAAUGGCAACAUUAGCACUAUUCACAAUGUCCGUGAAUUGUUCAACGGUAUUGUAAUCCCCUUUCAUGUUGCUUGUGUCAAUCGCGCAUCUCGAUCUCGACUAUUUAGACAAGAUGGCGACCAGAAAACGAAUUGAAGGUGGCUACUCUGCUUGGACCACAAAGGCGGAAAGGUGAGUGUGUUGUAUUAUGUAGAGUGAAUGCUGUAUGACGGAAAGUGAAUGUUAAAUGAUAGAAAGUGAAUGAAGGCGUGACUAUGUAGUCAUCAAUAGGGUCUAGUUUUGAACGUUAUGUACAUCAUCC